AUGCUUGGAGACAAGCUGCCACCAGCAAUCGACAGCGCCGAUGAGCAGCGGCUUCCUGCUCGUCUGCUUGACAGUCCGGAUGUCCGCUACGUGCGCGUGCUCCAGCCGAGACCGGCGCUGGAACUCGAACGGCGACCGGCUCUGGCGACACUUUCUUUCUCGUGGCAGUGCGUGAGUCUAGCCGACAAGUCUCUGCAACUUGCAGACUGCAAGCACCGCCUCAUGCUCCCAUUCGAGAUGACGAUUCCAAAGAAACAAGCUCCAUGGUACAGGCGGGAACGGAAUCAAGAGAUGUCAAGUUCAACUCCGAAGUCUUUCGCGGGGAAAUCUCUCGAAUCGAAGCACCACGACAGCAACUAUCACCAGGCUUUUGGUCCGUUGCUGGAAUAA